CCGACUCUCAGCCCAAUUGCUCAUACCUUGAUCUAGAUAUACAAAAUAGGACAUAAUGAAUUUGCCCUUGCUGUAUACUUCCCCUGCUCCACAGUUUACUUCUUGACAGCUACCUUGCAAAACAAUGGAGGAGGGGCCAGCAGUUGGGAGAAGUUUCCUUCUUAAAGGAGAGGAACAAGAGAAAGCUAAAGAGGAAGUUUAUGAGAUGUUGAAAGUUCUUGAUAAUGAGCUCAAGGACAAGAAAUUCUUUGUGGGUGACAAAUUUGGAUUUGCUGAUAUUACUGCAAAUGCUUCGGCUCUUUGGCUGGGAGUUCUUGAAGAAGCAUCUGGAGUUGUAUUAGUGACAAGUGAAAUGCUUCCAAAUUUUUGUGCAUGGAGAGAUCAAUACAUUAAUUACAGCGAAAACAAGAAAUAUUUACCUUUGAGAGAUGAGUUGCUUGCCAAAUUGAAAGCACGCGUUCAACCUGCAGCUGCUCCCAAGUAGACACGUUUUACUUAAGUGUAAUUUCAAGUUUUUGUGUGGCAAUAAAACUACCUACUGAAGAAAAAUAGCUCAUCCUACAAGUUUUUGUAUGGCAAUAAUGCAUGUGACUUGUAAUUUCUUCUAGCAUUUAAGUGAUAAGAGCCUUCUU